AUGGCCGAGGGCGCCGCAGCACCGCCUGUGCUGGAGCCCGUCGCAAACCCAGUUGCUCUCAUAAGCCCUGUGGUGAUCAAAGAAGCCGCUCUCGACUCUCCCACCUUCCGCGCAACGGCAGUGCAUUUUAGCGAUCAGAUCGACCUGAUCGAAAGAUGGCUCAGCACCUACCUGACCGCCGUCUCGAAGCUCGCGAACGAAAUGAACAACAUGCAGGCACUUGUAGACGCGUAUGUGCAGGCGUCUCAUCCCCCACUACAACUCUCCGAGGCGGUGCUCGAUCACGACUACACUGUAUUGGCCCUGAAGCGCUUCGGUGAAGGGGCACGCGAGUUCUGGAACACCACGCUGCGGGGCAUGAAGCGGGCCGAGACGACUGUGUGUGAGCCCGUCCGCGCUUUUCUGAACAAUGACCUGCGAAUGCUCAAGGAAGCACGGAGAAAUCUCGACACCACGCAGCGCACAUUCGACGGGGCUAUUGCACGGUAUGCUGGACAGGCUAAAACUAAGGAGCCCUCGUCGCUGCGAGAAGAUGCAUUCCAGUUGCAUGAGGCAAGGAAGGACUAUCUCAAAGCGAGCAUGAACUUUUGUGUUCUGGCGCCCCAAGUGAGAUCGACGUUGGACAGGAUACUCGUCAAGGUUGUCAAUGAGCAAUGGCGCGACAUGAAGUCUGCGCGCGAGAGUUCGGUGAAAUCUUUUGCAUCGUGGAACUCCGACAUCGACCGCGUGCGGGGCUGGAGUAAAGAGAUGGAGGAUGGCGAACGCGUCUUCAAGCGAGAGCUUCAUCUGGCGAGGCAACAAGUCGAGAGCAGCGCUGAGGUUGCUGCACGACCAUCGCGAGAAUUAGACACGUAUGCAGCUUCUACCGUCCCAUACAUAGGCACCCAAGCACCUUCCUCCGCCAAUCUCGCCUCUCCUGCGAAGCCGGAUCCCACCAACGAGAAAGCAGAAAAACAGGGCUGGCUGUUUCAGCGUACCAUCACAGGGAAGCCGGCGAGGACGUAUUGGGUACGUCGGUGGUUCUUUGUCAAGCACGGCAUCUUCGGCUGGCUGACACAAGGCACGCGGUCUGGUGCUGUGGAGGAAUCUGAAAAAAUUGGCGUACUGUUGUGCGGUAUCCGUCCAGCGUUUCAAGAAGAGCGACGCUUCUGUUUCGAAGUCAAGACCAAGGAUACCACUAUAUUGCUCCAAGCCGAAACACAAGCCGACCUCACCGAGUGGAUCUCUUCAUUCGAAGUGGCUAAGCGAAAAGCGCUCGAGGAUACGUCCAAGGACUCUGGCGCACUUGGUUCUAUCGACGCUGCCUUCUCCAUCAGUCCGCCUGUGGCCCCCGAGUUUGCUGCCAAGACCUCAGAAGGCCAUGCUGUUCAUUCUAGCGAAGAUGCUGGAGUAAUCGAACGUACCGAAUCGCUCGCAAUUCCCGGUUCUGACAGCCUGGCCGCUCGUGGAAGCUUCGAUGUCACAAAGCGUGCUACAGGCUUUGAACGAGAAGAUGGUAGUCGCCGAGACCAUGCCGCACGGAUUAUGGAAAAGCUCGAUUUGACCCGUAAAUCUACUGUAGGGCCCCAGCUAAGUGGAAGCAAUCCCUCUUCCGCUUCUGGUGGCAUUGCUAGCCUAAUCUCUGCAAGUCUCGCGUCUGCAAGUCAUAACAUUGUACAGGUUGGACAGAUAGCGGCUCCUGCGCCAGGUCUACCAGACACUCGCCUCGUGAUGGGCCAGACCCUACCGUUCAGCAGUUUGGCUCCUUCGACGCUUGCCAAUCCGCCCGCGCCCACAAAUUUAAGCAAAGCUGCCGUCGCUGUCAGCGGUGAACGCGGCUUGGGUAUUGGAAAAUCAGGCAACAUGCCGGGAGGGUUGAUGGCAAACUUAUGGGGCUCGGUCAACUGGGGCUACGUCAAUCGACUUAUGCGCGAAGACGAACCAGAAGUGCGCGAUCGUAGCAUGUCGGAUCCUCCCAGCCCGGUGCGCCCAUCUCUUGAGCUCGACGCUUUCACCAAAUCGGGCAAUGGUCCAUCGGCAGACCCUUCACCAGGUCCUACUUCCCCAGCAAAUGCUGCGCAUCGCAAGACCAUGAGUCUUGGGAGCCAAACGACUAUACAGCAGCGUCCAAAAGUGGUUACAGAAGACUUUCCGAACUACUAUCCUCUUGCUUUACGAUUGCAAGACGCGCAAUUCCGUAUGUUAUUUCCGACUGUACCUCGGGCAGAAAAGGUGGUGCUCGUCUUUCGCGCAGUUUGGAAUAUGACCGAUCAGCAAGAGUUUCCUGGUCGAAUUUACGUCACAGCGAAAGACAUCUACUUCUAUAGUAACCACUUAGGUCUAGUACUGAUCACUGGAGUCAGCAUGGGGUCUAUCGAUGAAGUAACAGCAGCGCCAGGAAAGGACUGCGACUUCCUUUUCUUGCACUUCAAGUCUGGCACGCGAGAAGACGGUGCUACUCGAAUCACGAUCAAGACUUUCCUCGAGCCACUUAAGCUGCUGCUUCGACGCCUAAACUUUUUAGUCCGCAACGCCACUACCGAAGAGCACGGUCUAGAAGAGAUCAUGAAACGACUUAUCAAGAUGGAGGCUAGCGAAGAUAACUCACCUAGUGCGGACAGCUGGGAGGAAGUGCCUUCACAUACACCCAUGGAUCCUGGUUAUGGGAAGGACCUCAAAACCAGCCUGCGCAUAGAUGGCAACCUCUUCGGACCUUCAGGCGUCAAUCGAAAUCCCAGCAAGUUCAAGCUCCCAUCACAACCUGUUCACUUCGCGCCUCAAGGAAUGACACAGGUUGCAAUAGAGAAAGAGUACGAGAUCAGCGCCAAGGGGCUCUUUCACAUCCUGUUCGGUGACAAGAGCGCCGUCUUUCAGAUGCUGUAUCGAGAGCGGCUUGCCCAACGCGUCGUGCAGGGACCGUGGACGAAGAUCGAUCAAGGUUCCCAACGUCGCGAUUUUGAAUACGAGGUUCUUCAACCUGGUAAGACCGGGGCUGUUAUCAUCAAUGACUAUCAAGUCAUCGAGGUCCUGAAUGAUCACCUCUGUUACGUUGUCGCUGACAGGAAGACACCGUGGUAUCUACCCGGCCACGACCGGUUCAUACUGUUGAGUAAGAUCGUUGUAACUCACGUUUCGAAAUCUCGCUGCAAGCUCGCGAUCCAUACGAAGAUCGAUUGGUCACAGAAUCCACGCUUCGCCAAAAAACUUAUCGAACGACAAGGUCUUCAGGAUCUGGAACUCGAAGCGCAAGAUUUACUAGAUGUUGUCAACGACCAAGUCGCCCGACUAGGGCAUAACAGGAACACCGGUAAGGUUACAAAUAUCUUCGGUCAGAUUGGUGUUGCCACCCAAGCUGUCCAAGUCACUGCCCAAGAUAUUCCACCGCCUAAUCGGCCACGUAAAUUCAAGCUGCGACCGCAAACAACGGGCUCAUUCGUUGCCCAAUUCAUCGGCAACAUCAUUGUCAGCAUCUUCUCAACGCUGAUGAGCUGGAUACUAGCAGUCUUUGCGGGACUGGGCAAGGUUGUUUCUGCACACAAGCUACUUGUCCUUCUACUAAUAGUCAGUGGUGGCGCAAACUUCAUCCACACAUCUCGGGACUCGUGGCAGUGGUGGAACGAGCGCAACGCUGCGAACUUCAUGUCGAGAUUGGGUGUCGGACCUACUACCGUCAUGUCGCGAUCGGUGUAUCUCCGUGAUCUCGAAGAAUCCUUUGCUACCGCGAAUGAGACGGCCAUGGCACUGCACCUACCUGCCGAUGCAGCGUCGAACAAAUGCCACCAAACUUUCACAUCCCUCCUCACAGAUCCCAGUGCCAACCCAUCGACACCAAUCUCACCAUCAAUCCACGCACCGCGCCGUCUCCACCGCACACGCCAGAAUCUGGGGUCUCAUCGACAUGAUCUACUUGUUGCGCUCCGUGUAGUCAACCGCAUCGAGAAGGAAGUCGUCGAAGCGGAGUACGAGAACUGGCUGCUUGACGAGACGCAUAAAUGCGAGCGCGUAGGCACCAUGCUAGGCAAGGAAGGCAAGAAGGGGAAGAAAGAGGUGGAAGCUUGGGUGAAAGGCUAUUGUGGGGAUUGCGAGCGGGCGCUGGGUGGUGUCAGGGAGGGAAGAGGCUUGAUAUAA